GUACAUAUCAGUAGACUGUGCAGAGCGAAAUGUGCAGCGUAAUCUGGAGAAGAAGUAGAACGGAGAAACGAGAGGAUUAGAUCCAUACAGCUCCCGUCGGUCAAAUAGCACUACACAUCAGACAUGUCUGCUGAGCCCAACUACCGGCGCAGUAAACCAGGAAUGAGAGCCACUGUUCCCAAUUCAAAUGGUGCAGCUGGUCCCACAUCACAGAUUCCCGGCCUGUCCCAAAGUGCUGAUGACGCCACACCCAUGGAGAAAGGCAAGGGCAGACGAGUUGGUAUUCAGGCCUGUGAUUCAGACUAUGUUAAACUUGCAAAGCAAGGAGGCCACAAGGGUUUACUGUCACAUGACAAUGAAGAUGGUGACUCCAAAUCUGGCGGCUCACAAAAGGCCUCCGACUGGUUUAGUGGUGAAAAUAAUCAAAGUCAAAGUAAAGCAUCCUCACAGAGGCUGGUGGCCCCGUUUGGGACUGAUGAGUGUACUGCAUGGGAUGACAAGAUUUUAGGAGUUGACAACGCAACUUCCAAGAUGGAGAACCUCGCUAUGAGUCCAGAAGAAAUUGAGGAGGCCAACAAGUACAAAAGAAUGUCACACGUUAAGAAGACAUCCGCUCCUGUUAGCAUGAGCAAGCUGUUGAGCUUUGGCUAUAUGGAGGACGAAAAGAAGUCUGCUGAUGAUGAUGCCUCAAGUGUGACAUCAGAGCAGACCAGCCCUACUGUCACAGAGGAGGAUCAGGAAUAGAGUUGGAGCUUCCUGUCGGGUUAUGCAGAUGGUCAGCCCACCACCCCUCGUCUUUUAUUCACCUUAUUUAUGCAAACUUCUUUUAGUCAUCGUUAUCUUUUAAAAUCAUUUGUCACGCGUACAUGUAUGAUGGUGCUUGUGAUCCCCAAUUUAACCCCCUUUGAAGUGCUAAUUGUGGAGAACAUUAACAGGAAUAACUCGAUACCUGCAGCACAACGGGCAAUGCAGCUUUGGCCCCAAUAACAAACUUCAGGUUUUCAUUUUUAUACAUUUCUCUAAUUGCCAAAAUGCCAAGGUUUAUUUUUUUUUAUUUUUCUACUAAACAGGCAAACAUAACCUACUCCUAACUAUAAAUGGGACACAACCAUGCUGCAGCCAAGGGAUGAGUUAACUGUUAAUUGUUAAGUUAAUUGUCCAGUCAGAUGUUUGAAAACGUGCAAAUGUUCGCCAAGUCCUCGCCAGUCACUGCUAUUGUAGAAACGAGAAACAAAUCUGUAUAUUGAUGAGUCUGUAUAUGUUGAGAUCUUUACUGGGGAUCAGCAAGCUUGCGACUGUGAAUGUGUUGUUAUGCUACUGGCAUUGUUCUGAUGUAAUGGUACUUUUUCUUAGACUAGGUUUAGUGAAUGUGUAACAGAGUUUUAACACCAUAUUGGCUUUUUGUCUCAUUAAAUGAUGUUUACACUUAAUGUGUAAUAAAUAAAUAUGCAUGUGCAUGGAAA